CGUUGCAAGGAAAUAUGCCUGAGUUUCGCAAACUGCUCAAAGCUCAAGGUACUAGAUGUUUCAGUUAACAAUCUAGUUGGCCAAUUUCCCACUGAUUUGCCUCCUGACCUUCAGGUGCUGCGGAUCGCACUUAAUAACUUUGCCGGCACCAUACCUGCUUCUCUUGCCAAUAUCACAACACUAACCAUGAUUAGUUUCGCGUAUAAUCACAUCCGGGGAAAUAUCCCAAGUGAUUUUGCAUCUUUUUCGCGCUUGCAACACCUGUAUGCAGGUGCCAAUCAGCUAGCAGGCAGGUUUCCACAAAGCGUCUUAAAUCUGUCUACUCUCAUCAACCUUGCCCUUCCUCUCAAUGAUCUAAGUGGAGAGGUACCACCAAAUCUAUGUACCUCUCUGCCCAAUCUGCAGAAACUUGCAUUAGGUGGCAACUUCUUUCUAGGGCACACUACUAGUUCUUUCACGAAUGCUUCCAAUCUACACCUCUUUGAUUUGGCGGAUAACAACUUCACCGGAUUGGUGCCCACCACGAUUGGCAAACUUACCAAACUCUUGAGCUUCAAUCUUGAAUAUAAUCAGCUCCAAGCACACAGCAAGAAAGAUUGGGAGUUUUUGGACAGCUUAGGAAACUGCACAAAGCUACAGGUAUUCUCCAUGAGUUACAAUCAUCUAUCAGGGCACGUACCGCGUUCACUAGGUAACAUUUCCAAUCUGCUCCAGUAUCUAUACUUGGAUGAAAAUCAACUAUCAGGAGAUUUUCCUUAUGGUAUAACAAACCUUCGCAACUUGAUCGUUGUAUCACUGGGAGGAAAUCACUUUACAGGUGUGAUUCCAGAGUGGAUUGGGCCUCUCAACACAUUGCAACAGAUAGAUUUAGACACAAACCUCUUUACGGGGGUCAUUCCGUCAUCCUUGUCAAAUUUGUCUCAGUUGGGGCAACUUGAUCUACACUCAAACCAGUUCAUUGGCCAGAUACCACCAAGCUUUGGUAACUUUCCUGUAGAAGGACAAGUUAUGGCUGUGUAAUCGCAAUAUAUUGAUCGGUGCACCAGGCACGUAUAUAUAAGUACAGAGGUGGG